GAAUGGCUAACUCCAUUGCAUCAAAGAACUUUACUGCACUUUCAGAUCUGCAUCCAAAUAUGGCUAACCUGAAAAUAAUCGGCAUAGUUAUUGGAAAAACAGAUGUCAAAGGCUUUCCAGACAGAAAAAGCUGAGUUCUAUUUAACUCUUUGCUUCAUUUUUCAUCAACUGUGGCUUAUGACUACAACAAAGUGUAUUUAAGUGAUUAAAUUUCUCAUGCCUGUUUAACUCCCUAAGAGCAAUGGCCAUGCUCUGUAUUGCAUGGUAAAGCACUUGAUUUAAAGCCACAUGUGUGAGGGCAUUAAAACCAUUUUUAAUGGUUUUAUUUUUUAUUUCUAAAAUGUAAUUUUAAAACCUGUGUAUACAGUACUAAAAUGGCUAAAUUGGUAAACUCAUUAAUAUGUAUCAAUGUGUACUUAUUGAGUACCUCCACUGUGUAAAACCUGGUGUAAAGGUAAGAGAGAGGGAAGUUGUAGUCUCAUCAUCCUCAAUUAUCAAAGGAUGGAUGUGGAGCUAUAUCAACUGGGCUCAGCACCAAGUCAUCUGAGAUCUAUCCUAUGUACAGCUGUGAAACUGGGGUAAAUAAAGCUGAGAUAAGAAUUAAAUGAGCUUGUACAUGUAUGGGUGUGUAAUGCACAAUAAGAACUGCAUGUUAACUCUCAAUAUCAGCCCAAGAGAUACAAGUACAAGUAAAUCUCAUAGAAAACAGAAAGUGAUAAGGAGGAAGGUUUUCCAGCAGGGAAAAUAUGUGGAAAAUACAGUUAAGUUUGACUUCAGUGCUUCUUAUUGAGUUACUUGAACUGUGCAAGAAUUUUGGGACUAUGGAAACAUAAUCCAAGACUAAAAUUGGAUUUUUAAAAUCAGCUGACCCUCAAACUUUUAUAGUUUACAAGCAGAGAAACACUAUAGAAUGCCAAAAGUAGCAAUUCACCAUUAUUAUCUUUUAAAGCAUCAAUGCUUUUUAUUAAAGGGUACAGUAUAAGUCCUUCUAUACAGCUUGAGGGAAUCAGAGCUCUAGUCUGCCAGCCAGUAAUUUUGACAGAAGAAGACAAUUUUGUUUGAAUCAUCUAAGUAAUUGUGGCGGUAUUAAUUGACUUAUAGUGAUAGAUACCUUUAUUUUUAUUUUAUUUUAUAUUAUAUUAUAUAAUAUUCUGUUGUUAUUUUUGAGGUAAAUAACAAAGAUGUCAUCUCCCACCCAUACUUGUUACGUCUUCUCUUUACUUCAUCAUAAUUAGUUAGAUCAGAAUUACCACUUGAAUAGUGUGAGAAAUUCUAAAUCUCUGUUUUCUAAGCUGUAAAAGGAAUAAUUUGAAAUAUAUCAAUUAGAAAAGGUCAAUAUUUAAAUAUCUACUUAAAUUACAACAAUGAAAUAUAAUUUUCACCUAUUAGAAUGUGAGAGUAGGGCACCAUUUCUGUAGUGUUUGACUAUUUUUUAUAAUUGUAUGUACAGUAUUCCUUUUUUGGAGAAGAUAUGCUUACUGACUUUAAAAAACAUUAUACGUAUAACAUAUCAACAGACUGUCAUAAAAAGUUCAAGCAGUAAAGUGGGUCAUAGAGUAAAAAAGAGAAAUUCUUCAUUUAACCUUAAACUUUUCCCAUCCCAGUCCCCACCCCAAAGGUAAGCACUAAUCACAGUUCAAUAGCUAUCUAUAAUGUGCAUUUGUAAUUUAGGUUGUAUUACUUUUUAAAAACUUUUAAAAUUGAAUUAUAGUUGAUGUAUAAUAUUAUAGAACUUAUAGGUUACAAUAUCAUGAUUCACAAUUUUUAAAGGUUAUAUUCCAUUAUAGUUAUUAUAAAAUACUUGCUAUAUUCCACUUGUUGUAUAGUAUAUCCUUGUAGCGCAUUUUGUACCUAAAAGUUUGUAUCAAUCCCCUACCCUUAUAUUGCCCCUCUCUCCUUCCCUCUCCCCACUGGUCUGGUAACCACUAGUUUGUUCUCUAUAUCUGUGAUUCUGCUUUUUUGUUAUAUUCACUAGUUUGUUGUAUUUUUUAGAUUCCACAUAUAAAUGAUAUCAUACAGUGUUUGCCUUUCCCUAUCUGACUUAUUUCACUUAGCAUAAUGCCCUCCAAGUCUAUUCACGCUGCUGCAAAUGGCAAAAUGUCAUUCUUUUUUCUUUUUAUGGCUGAGUAAUAUUCCAUUGUAUGUGUGAGCGUGUGUGUGUAUAUGUAUAUAUAUCUCACAACUUCUUUAUCUGUUCAUCUGGUGAUAGAAACUUAGGUUGCUUCUAUGUCUUGGCAAUUGUAAAUAAUGCUGCUUUGAACAUUGCAGUGCAUGUAUCUUUUUGAAUUAGUGUUUUUUUUUAAAUAAAUUUAUUUAUUUUAUUGGCUGUGUUGGAUCUUCGUUACUGCACACAGGCUUUCUAUAGUUGUGGCGAGCGGGGGCUACUCUUCAUUGCAGUGCGCAAGCUCCUCAUUGAGGUGGCUUCUCUUGUUGCGGGGCAUGGGCUCUAGGCGCAUGGGCUUCAGUAGUUGCAGCACAUGGGCUCAAUAGUUGUGACUCAUGGGCUCUAGAGCGCAGGCUCAACAGUUGUGGCACAUGGGCUCAGUUGCUCUGUGGCAUAUGGGAUCUUCCAGAAGCAGGGCUUGAACCCGUGUCCCCUGCAUUGGCGGCGGAUUCUUUUUUUUUUUUUUUAAUUAAUUAAUUUAUUUAUUUUAUUGGCUGUGUUGGGUCUUCUUUGCUGUGUGCGGGCUUUCUUUUUAGUUGCAGGUAGUGGGGGCUACUCUUCGUUGUGGUGCAUGGGCUUCUCAUUGCCGUGGCUUCUCUUGUUGCAGAGCACAGGCUCCAGGCAUGUGAGCUUCAGUAGUUGCAGCAUAUGGGCUCAAUAGUUGUGGCUCACAGGCUCCAAAGCACAGGCUCAAUAGUUGUGGCACACAGGCCCAGCCGCUCCGUGGCAUGUGGGAUCCUCCCAGAGCAGGGCUCGAACCCAUGUCCCCCACAUUAGCAGGCGGAUUCUCAACCACUGCACCACCUAGGAAGCCCUGGCAGGCGGAUUCUUAACCACUGUGCAACCUAGGAAGUCCUGAAUUAGUGUUUUUGUUUUUUUCAGAUAUAUACUCAGAAGUGGAAUUGCUGGGUCAUUUGGUAGUUCUCUUUUUAGUGUUUUGAGGAAAAAACCUCCAUACUGUUUUCCACAGUGGCUGCACCAAAUUACAUUCCCACCAACAGUGUACAAGGGUUCCACAUUCUUGCCAACAUUUGUUAUUUGUGUUCUUUUUUUAAAAAUUAAUUUAUUUAUUGGCUGUGUUGGGUCUUUGUUGCUGUGCACAGGCUUUCUCUAGUUGCAGAGAGUGGGGGCUACUCUUCAUUGUGGUGCACAGCCUUCUCAUUGAGGUGGCUUCUCUUGUUGUGGAGCACAGGCUCUAGGUGCACGGGCUUCAGUAGUUGUGGCACACAGGCUUAGUUGCUCUGUGGCAUGUGGGAUCUUCCUAGACCAGGGAUUGAACCCAUGUCCCCUGCAUUGGCAGGUGGAUUCUUAACCACCGUGCCACCAGGGAAGUCCCAAUUUGCGUUCUUUUUGAUGAUAGUCAUUCUGACAGGUGUGAAGUGAUAACUCACUGUGGUUUUGAUUUGUAUUCCCUUGAUAAUUAGUGAUGUUGAGCAUCUUCUUAUGUGCCUGUUGACCAUCUGCAUUUCCUCUUUGGAAGACAUUCUUCCUAUUUUUUAGAAGGCAGAAGACAGUUCUUCUGCCUAUUUUUUAAAUUGGGUUGUUAGUUUUUUUGAUGUUUAGUUGUAUGAGCCGUUGACAUAUUUUGGCUUUAACCGCUUGCUGGUCAUAUCAUUUCCAAAUAUUUUCUCCCAUUCAAUAGGUUGUCUUUUCAUUUUGUCAAUUGUUUCCUUUGCUGUGCAAAAAGUGCUUAGGUUUAAUUAGGUUCCAUUUGUUUAUUUUUGCUUUUAUUACCUUUAUUUUAGAAAUGGAUCCAAUAAAAUAUUGCUACAACUUAUGUCAAAGAGUGUUCUGCCUAUGUUUUCCUCUAGGAUUUUUAUGGUAUCUGGUCUUACAUUUAGGUCUUUAAUACGUUUUGAGUUUAUUUUUGUAUAUGGUAUUAGAGAAUGUUCUAAUUUCAUUCUUUUAAAAGUGUACUGUCCAGUUCUCCCAGCACCACUUAUUGACGAGACUGUCUUUUCUCCAUUGUAUAUUCUUGCCUCCUUUGUUGUAGAUUAAUUGACCAUAAGUGCAUGGGUUUAUUUCUGGACUUGCUAUCAUGUUCCAUUGAUCUAUGUGUCUGAUUUUGUGCCAGUAGCAUGCUGUUUUGUAUUACUUAAAAAAAAUUAUUUGUUUAUUUAUUUAUUUUAUUCUUGGCUAUGUCGGGUCUUAGUUGUAGCACUUGGGAUCUUCCACUGUGGCACGGGGGCUUCUCUUUAGUUGUGGUGCACAGGCUCAGUAGUUGCAGUGCUCAGGCUUCGUUGCCCCAUGGCAUGUGGGAUCUUAUUUUCCUGACCAGGGAUGGAACCCGUGUCCCCUGCAUUGGAAGGUGGAUUCCUAACCACUGGACCACCAGGGAAGUUCCUGUAUUACUUUUUUAAUUAGCAAAAACAAUAAAGAAAUUAAGUACUUGCUGAUCCCUAGUAGUAUCUUUUAGCAGCAUGCAUUUAUUUGCUUUGAAAUAAUUUAGAUCUGAAUUAUGACUUAGGUUAAAACAACAGUAAGAAACAAACAAACAAAACAACAGUAAGAGAGAAAUGGAGAAUCUAAGCUAAUAUCUGGAUGGUUCAAGCCUGCGUGUCCUUUCCCUCCAAAUAUACAGAUAACUGGGGAAAGGGAACAGAGGGGUCACAGUUAGAUAUUGGAUCAGAAAGGUACACUUUCAGUUUCACCAUUCGUGAUUCACCAACCCAUUUUGUAAAUGCAACAUCUUGGGGCAAUGAAGACUACAUCAGAUCACUUUCUGACUGCUUUAGGGUUGGCGAGUGCGUGAUAAUUGAAAAUCCCCUGAUCCAAAGAAAGGAAUUAGAAAGAGAAGAGAAGUUCAGCCCUGCAACUCCUAGCAGUUAUAAACUGUUGCUCAGUGAGAAUCACUCAACAGUAAAAGUUUGUUCCAGUUAUGAAGUGGAUGCCAAGCUACUUUCUUUGGUAUACUUACCUGUUAAAGAGUCUUGUGAUUAUUAUUCAUUGGGUGACAUUGUUGCAAAUGGACACAGUCUUGAUGGGAGAAUUAUUAAUGUCCUUGCAGCUGUGAGGUCGGUUGGAGAGCCAAAAUACUUUAUAACUUCAGACCGAAGAAAAGGCCAGAGGUGUGAAGUUAAACUCUAUGAUGAGACAGAGUCUUCUUUUGCAAUGAUAUGUUGGGAUAAUGAAUCUAUUCUACUUGCACAGAGCUGGGUGCCUCGAGAAACAGUAAUAUUUGCCUCAGAUGUAAGAAUAAGUUUUGACAAAUUUCGGAAUUGCAUGACAGCAACUGUAAUCUCAAAAACCAUUAUUACAACUAAUCCAGAUACACCAGAAGCUAACAUCCUACUGAAUUUUAUAAGAGAAAAUAAAGAAACUAAUCCUCUGGAUGAUGAAAUAGAGAGUUAUUUGAAAGAAUCCACAAAUUUAAAUGCAAUAGUUGAUGUCUAUACAGUUGAACAAUUAAAGGUAAAAGCUUUGAAGAAUGAAGGAAAAGCUGAUCCUUUCUAUGGAAUUCUUUAUGCUUACAUUUCUACACUGAACAUUGAUGAUGAAACUACAAAAGUAGUUCGAAACAGAUGUUCAGGCUGUGGUUACAUUGUAAAUGAAGCAUCCAGCACUUGUACAACUUGCAACAAAGAUUCUUCAGAAUUUAAAUCUGUUUUUCUCAGCUUUGAUAUGCUAAUUGACCUUACUGAUCACACAGGUACCCUCCAUUCCUGUAGUCUCACAGGAAGUGUUGCUGAGGAGACUUUGGGCUGCACGGUAAAUGAGUUUCUUGCAAUGACCGAUGAACAGAAAACAGCAUUAAAGUGGCAAUUUCUUUUGGAAAGAAGCAAAAUUUAUUUAAAACAGUCAGAACAAAGAUAUCAUCUCAUGUCACGUAACCUCUGGAAAACUACAGUGCACUCUGGUGAAAGAAUGAGAGUAAGAAAGCAAACAACAUUUUCAUAUUAUUAUGAAGAUAGCUUUGAUCUCAUGGAUACCCUGAAAGAGUCUUUGAGAACACUGCAUCUGCUCCAUCUCAGCCUCAUAAGCAGGCUUUCCCUUUUUCCAGUGGCUUCCUUCCUUUGUCACCUCAAGCAUAUCUGAAUAGAUUGCAGCCAUGGAGUCAGCAAUGGCCUCACCAGUAUUUCUAGGACCUCAAUUGGAGGCCUCUUCGUUACUAGGCCAAAGGGGGAAAAUUACAGUAAGGUACUGCGUCUCUUCCAGCAUUUGCAUGGAUCCAUGUAAAUACUGUACUGUCUAUUCCCAAAUCAGAACAUACUCAGAUCCUUGUCAAACUUUAUGGUUUCCCUACAAAUAGGAGGUACCAUACUAUGAGUUUGAUUAAUUUAAAUUCAUGGCAAUUUAUAAUACUUACAGUUUCCCCAACUUGAUUCAAAUAUAAAAAAAUUGCUCUCAAGUAAAUGGGUAUUGUACCUUUCCAAAGAAUAUGUUAAAAAGAUAUUUGUCAGAUUUAACAAAGAUUUAAAGCAGAUAGUGAUUAUAUCACAGUGUAAUAAAGAUUGUGAAACAAAUACAAUUUCAAUUGUUAUAAAUCAGUUAGAACAUGUAAUUUAAAAAAUAAGAAAUUAACAUUGCUCUGCUAGUAAGAUAAAAACAAGGGAUUUCCAUGUAGGAUAUUUUGUAUAUUUAUCAUAUUUCAAUGAAAAAUAAUGGCUACUUAAAAUGGUUCAUUUGAAGGAAUUUCAAAGUGAAUUAUUCAUUUUGAUGUUUUAAAACAGUGAUAUUAGUAUCACAGAUCCUUCUAAGGUCUGAUAUUAGUGUUAAAGAAUAAUUUUCAAAAAGGUUAAAUUGACAUACAAAAAUAAAAUGAAUACAUGUCAAAGAUUUAAUUCAAUUCAUUACUUAAUGAAGGAAACUAAAAUGGCUAGCUGAUGUGUCCCUCCACUCUGUACUAAAUAAAAUGUUGGUGAGAGUGCUUUGUAAAGUGUAAAAAGUGAGUCAGCAUUAUUAGUAAACCACAUCAUGAUAUUGCUGUGUUCUAAUAGAUCAUAUUACUACCACAGGUUCACGUCUGUCACAAUUGGUAGUUCAAACAUAAUUUAGGCCCUUUUAUCUACAUGUUGGAUUUGAAAUCCCAACUUUCCUACCUGAGAGAAAGGUCAUGAAAAAUUGAUGUCAGUUGUUACAAAAUCACUGUCAGAAUCCAGAUCUGUAAUUUUUCUCCCAACUCUGCCUGAGAUUGGAACUCUUUCCAUCAUCUUACAACUUUUUUUUUAAGCUCUUUAUUGGAGUAUCAUUGCUUUACACUGUUGUGCCAGUUUCUGCUGUACAACAAAGUGAAUCAGUUGUAUUUAUACAUAUAUCCCCAUAUCCCCUCCCUCUCUUGACUCUUUCCCACCCUCCCUAUCCCACCCCUCUAAGUCAUCACCAGUCAUCAAGUUGAUCUCCCUGUGUUAUGCAGCAGCUUCCCACUAGCUAUCUGUUUUACAUUUGGUAGUGUAUAUAUGUCUAUGCUACUCUCUCACUUCAGCUCAGCUUCCCCUUUGCCCCCCACCCCAUGUCCUCAAGUUCAUUCUUUACAUCUGCAUCUUUAUUUUUGCCAUCACUGGGUUCAUCAGCAUCUAAGUUUUUGUUCACAUCUGUAAAUGAAACUCAUUGCUGUUCACUAUCUGUGGUCAUUGGUUUUUAACUUUAUAUACCAGGUGAUUUUAGAAACUAACUCUCUCUCUUUUUCUCCCUGCAGUUUUUUUUAUCACAUAGAGCAAGGGGUGGACUGAGAGUGAGCGUGCUCUCAUGUAAGCUUGCAGAUCCUAUUGAGGCAAGUAGGAACUUGUCUGGACAAGGAAAUAUUUAAAAACCAGAUAUCGUUUUAAACUCUGGAAAAGAAUACAAGUUUUAACUGCCUUUAAAGUGGAAAAUAACUUUGAAAAUUACAGCUAAAAUUGUAUUUUGUUCAGAUGUGAUGAGAAUGUUUCUGUAAGUUGUUAUUCUGUUUCCCCCUGGAGUUGGUUUAGGGUAAAUCCUAAAAUCUCCCUCUUAUUCAAGCUCAUUUCUUAGAAGGCCUUUUGUACGGGUUUUGCCCUCUCUCUUUUCAAGCUGGAAAAUGUUUGCACAAAUUAAUAAACAAGUUU